CUAUGUUUAUUGUUAAUAUAUAUAUAUCUUAACAUUAAACUUUUGUAUGUUUAAUGUAAACAUAUUGGUAUGUUAACUGUUAACUUAUCCUUCUCUGAGUGCAGUAAUUAAUGAAGAGGAAUUACAAAAUUCUAAUUUUGGCGACGAAUUAGAUAUGAACAAUAAUGAAUUCUCAUCAUAUAAGGCAAAGAUAAGCCACUCAGUGAGGAAUGUAAAUAAACCCACUAAAAAUAAUGAUUUGUCAAUUCUACUAGAAACACCAGAGAGAGCUGAUUUGGUAAAUACCAAUUUUAGUGAUGGAUGUACACCCAAGUAGUCUAGAUAAUCUGUAUACAGUUGUAGCAAAACUGGUACGUGCAGUUGAAGAAAAUACGAAACUUUUAAAUUCUUUCAUGAGCUGCCAAGAUGAAAAAAAAAAAAGUACCAUGACUAAAGAAAAGCUCAGUGAAAAAUACCAUUUGCAUUUUCCCAUCAGUAAUUUAGUAAACUUUAAAGAAAUGAAUGAUCUUAUUACAAAAAAUGAUUCCUUCAAAAAAGAUAUGUGCCAAGUAUUGCUGCAAUAUACUGAGAAAAAAAACUAUAUCAUCUCACUAUCUCUCGUGACAAUGCUCAAAGCAUUUUUAACAAGAGAGCUGACAAUGAACUAUGUUGCUCAAAGAGAAUCAAAUGGCAAAUUUGCUAUGAAUCAUACUCCAUUUUAUAUUUGUUUAAAAGAAGUUAUUAUUGAUGAGCGUUCAUCUGUUCAGAUGACAACUUCUGAAAAUGAAAUAUUGUGUGCAUUGGGAUCUGUUCUAACUAAUGCUAUAAAUUGGCCUUCAUUGAUUGGAAAGAAAAUUUCCAAAAGUAAAUCAGCGACAAUUUAUAAGUGGUUUUUCUUUUAAAUAAAAGAAAUUACUGUAAAUUUUGAGUAUUGUCAUUGAAAAAAAUAAAAAAAAUCUGAAUAUUAUUAUUAUUAUUAUUAUUAUUAUUUGAAGAAAAAUUUAAAAAGGCCAUAAAGUAGCUAGUACUAACAAAAAUCUCGGUAGCUUGAAACUCAGAAUCACCUGAUAAACGUCUGGUUAUGAAAUCUAACAAAACUAGCUAUAAACCUGAAAAAACUCGUUCCCAUAUGCCGGGUUAAAUGUCUAGUUAUCUAUCUCAUAACCACCUAAAAAAUAGUUUGACACUAGCGAAAAUAGCGUGUUAUUGGCUACUUACCAGACAGAAAUUCUACCAGGCUCCAAAAAAAGCUUUGAAAAACUUUAUUGCCUUCCUUUUAAAUAUGAAUAUUGUUUUCGUUAAUUAACGGUUAAAAUAUGUCUAAGCAAUAAAAAUAACAAUGGCCCUAGCCGGAGUAUUAAAAAUUUUUAAUUUUCAAUGGGUGACGCUGGCCACAUGCCCCAACAAAUGUUACCAGGUCUUUUUUUUAAUUCAAAUAUUGAAGAGAUAGCUACUAAAUUA